AUGUCGGUGGGCAAGCGGAUAGGCUUGGUCGUGAUGUUUAGUCUGGGUCUCCUUGUAUGCCUGACAAGCAUUAUCCGAAUGAGCUAUCUGAACUCCUUUCAAGUUGAUCAUACUUGGUCGAUGGUCGACGCUAUGAAUUGGUCGUGCGUGGAAGUCGCCGUCGCCAUUUUCACUGCCUGCAUCUCUUCAUUCAACACCUUGAUUACUCAUCGCUUCCCAGAGCUACAGCGGCUGUUAGGCCUUCCUAGCAGCAAGGAAGACACUUCAACCGCGUCGAAGACAUAUGGUAGUUCGAGUCGUCGAACAUAUAAUAGUAUAUCCCUUGAAGCCCGGAAAGGACUCAAAUUGGGUUCGCAUAUUGGAGAGAGUCGUGUGGAUGUGAUAACCACUCUCAACGGAUCUCAGGAGCGCAUCAUGCAUGCUGGAAUCCAGGUGACUACCGAUGUUAGCGUCAAUGACAAGAGCGUCUGA